UCCAAAAUUAUAAAUAAACAAUGACAACUAAUGUUGAUUUUGAUCCGUGUGUGGAAAGUUCUAGACCAAGCAUGUAACAAUCUUGAGCAACUCCCACCCAUAAUAUUUGCUUUGUCAUUGUAUGGUACAACGUCGACUAAGUACUACGUCAUAAUAUGAUUGUAUACAGUAGUGUAAAUAUCAUGAUUGUACAAUACCCCCCGAAGGGGUGGGAACACUAAAUGGAACAGCACACCAAGCAUAUAAAUAGAAGAGCGCGCUUAGCUGCGUCAGUUACCAUUUUCUUACCUAGCAAUUGGAAUCGAGGUCUCUUGCGCUUUCGCAGUGUCGAAACCAGGCUGAUCUUGUGCCCGCAAACGAAGAAAGUACAAUAUUUAGCCAUCUUUUCUACUUCAGAUCUAGCUUAAAACACCAUCAACAGCUCAGAAAAUGGCUUCCCAAGUGCGCCAAAACUACCAUGAAGAGUCGGAGGCUGGAGUCAACCGCCAGAUCAAUCUCGAGCUGUACGCAUCCUACACGUACUUGUCUAUGGCCUUCUACUUCGACCGUGACGAUGUUGCCCUCAAGAACAUCCACAAGUACUUCUUGAAAGCAUCGGACGAGGAGCGGGAUCACGCUCAGAAGCUGAUGACAUUCCAGAACCAACGUGGAGGUAGCAUCGUGUUCCAGGACAUCAAGGCCCCUCACAAGACCCAAUGGUCCUCCGCCCACGACGCCAUGAAGGACGCCCUCGACCUGGAGAAGAGUGUCAACCAGUCUCUCCUUGACCUCCACAAGGUCGCAGCCAAUCACGAUGACGCUCAGAUGACUGACUUCCUCGAGGCCAACUAUCUGACCGAGCAAGUGGAAGCCAUCAAGGAACUCGGAGGUUACGUCACAAACCUCGCUCGGGUCGGCGCUGGUCUCGGAGAGUACAUGUUCGACAAGGAGCAUUUUGAAUAGAGCUCCAACCUCUCCCUCUUCUUCCCAGGGCACCCAUUAUCUCUCUCUUAUGCACCCUAAAACCUCCACAAAAAAAAAGGAUCUAUUUUAGAGAACUAUUGCAGUUUUACUUUCUACUCUCACGAACCAACCCUAAUGAAGUUCUUUGUGUGCAUUUGUGCCAUCUGUCUUGUGCAUUUGUGCCAUCUAUCUCUUGCUCUCGGAGAAAACUCAAAAUAUAGCACUGCUGUAAAACUAAUUAUGAAGCCAAUGCAUUAAAAUGCUUUACAAAAAUUAUUGAGAAAUAUAUAUACUAUUGAGAGGCAGUAUCAUAUCAUAUAUGAAUAUCUACAUUACUUCAUUCGUUCAUGAUGGUAAUCAUAAGUCUUUGUAUUAAUGUAAACAUUUAGAAUUGUGGGCCCUGGUGACUAACACCGUAAUUUGGUGCAAAAAAAAAUAAAAAAAUACCUAGUUGUGCAUUUCGCUUGACAGCGGCUUGAGAUGUAUUGAAGAUCAUUACAUCCUACCUCACAUGGUAAUAAAAAAAUCAGCAAAAAGAUAAAA